CCUCAGUCGCUGUACUGUGGGUGGAGCGCCGUUUUGAAUGACACGUUGUAGCAAUAGUAGGAAGUAGCUCAGAAACGGAGGUUUGAAGGGGACUAGUAGGAGCUGAGAGUGCAUUAGCUAUCAAAACAAGGGAACUAGCUAGCACUCACACACAGCGAUGUCCCCAGAGGAGCUCACCUAUCUUGGGAUCCUUGCCAUCACCAUACCAGCGGGAUUUCUGUUCCGCUAUCUGAGUCCUCCAGUCAAACAAGGGGCAGCUUUGCUCCUGGGCUUAUCCACCGCCCUAGCAACCUGCGGGGUUUACACUCUGCACUCACUGAUCACUGUUGUAGGAACAUGGGCCAUCAUAAAGUUCAACUGGAGGAGUGCUCCCCAUCUUUCCCUGGGCUGGACCUUUCUGUACCUCUUGUUCUUCCGGUUGGGCACUUUUUUCGGCUUACCACCCUCAUCGCCAUUUUGUAAUGCAGUCCAGCUUCUUCUCACACUGAAGAUGGUCAGUCUAGCCAAUGAGGUGCAGAGUUUUCACCUGAUGAAAAAAGAGGAUGUGAGCUCAUUUUCCAAGUCCUCUGUGAUUGGAGGACUUUCCCAAGAGCCUUCGUUUUAUGAUAUCAUUUCCUACAGUUACUGUUACAUUGGAUUGAUGACAGGCCCAUUCUUUCGUUACCAAACCUAUGUGGACUGGCUCCAGCAGCCGAACCCCGCCUUGCUCCCUGGCCGUGAGCCCUGCCUCCGUCGCCUGCAGUUUGUGCCCCUGUACGCGGCCCUCUUCCUGUUCGUCAACUCCUACUUCCCCUUGGCUUAUGUGCGCACUGAAGACUUCCUCGAGCAUCACUUCUUCUUCAGGUUGUUCUACAUGACGGCGGUGUUCUUCGUGUUCCGGAUGAGGUUCUACGCGGCCUGGUGUGGUGCAGAAGCAGGCUGCAUCAGCGCAGGCUUGGGCUGCUACCCAGAAGGCGCCAAGUCCAAGCCUGGCGGGGGGCCUACUGUGCAGUAUAGCCCCGAUCCCGAUACCCCGGUUAUUUACGACUUCAAAACCAUCCAGAACAUUGACUGCUACAACACUGACUUCUGUGUGAAAGUGAGACAUGGAAUGAGAUACUGGAACAUGUCUGUGCAGUGGUGGUUGCAUCACUAUAUCUACCCCAACAGUCCGUUCAAAGGAUACACACUCAAAGCUGCCUGGACCAUGUUUAUCAGCGCCUAUUGGCACGGCCUCCAUCCUGGCUACUACCUCUCCUUCCUCACUAUUCCACUCUGUUUGGGGGCAGAGUCUGCCCUUGAGAGUACCGUUAGAGCCAAAAUGGGGCCCAGUGGUCAAAACAUCUUCGACUGGGUUCACUGGUUCCUCAAGAUGAGAGCUUAUGAUUACAUGUGCAUGGGUUUUGUUUUGCUAGGUUUCUGGGACACUAUCCAUUACUGGACCUCCAUAUAUUUCUGCAUUCAUUUCAUUGCUAUAGGGUGCAUAUUGCUGGGGAAGGUCUUGAAGGUAAAGGGUGAGAAGAGGAGGGAGAAGAAGGAUGAUGGAGAGAAAAGUGUAGGGAAGGAAGAAGAGAAGCUAAAAGAGGAGGUGAGAGAAUAGAAUGAGUCAUAAAAGGUAACUGAGUUAGAGGGGGGAAAAGUUGAGAUCAUGGUAAUUGAACUACAACACAGAUCUGAAGUGCAACAAACUUGGAGGUUGUGAUGUGUAUAUUGUAAUUCUAAGGAAAUGGAUUUUACAACGGCGGCAUCAAGUUACAAAUCGCACGGGUGUAUAAUCACUCAUUCACGCAUAUUUACAUAUGCACACACUCACACAUACACAUACAUGUGUAUGUGCGUCUAGGCCGGGGUCAAACCACAUAAUAUACAUUUACAGUAUGUCCCAGAAUAUUCCGAUUGCAAAGGAAGUGAGCUGUCUUAUGAAUGUUAUUUUUAUUGUGUGAAUGAAAGGGAAGUAUGCCUGUAUGUAGCUGUAAUCUUGGUAUGUUCAAUAAUGACUGUGAAUGGCACAGAAAUUUCUGGAUUACUGUGGUACAGCAUGUGUUUCUGUAUCUUUGACACAUUUUCAGAAAUUAUUUCAUAAUUCCUCACAUCAGUUAAUUUCCUUAAUUAUUCUAUUAAGUAUCACUUUAGAAAAUAACAAGCAUGCUUGUGGUUCCUUUUGAUUGAGUGAUGUUGAAUUUUAUUUUUCGACUAAAUACUAAAACAGUUGAAGAUCUCACGAUCACACUUCAACAGCACAUUCCAACAUUUUACCUCUAAAAUGAAUAUAUUUCAGUGAAAGUUUUCAUUUGGAAAUUACUGGAACCAGUGCAGGUAUUAUUUAAGGCAGCUGAGUUCUGCCACUUUGACUGUCUGUCUACAUAAUUUUCAGAGGAAUCUCAAAUCCAUACACAAGGAUAUGUUCAAAUUUUCAUUUUUUCAUUGCAGUAAAUUCAGGGAAAUUCAAAUGCAUCUGUCUUUCAGAACAACAGGAAAAAAAACAGAUUCUACUCCGCUAUAAAAACAAACAAUUUUGAGAUUUGUCAAUUUUCAUCUACCUGCUGUAGUUCCCAAAAGAUAUACCAUACACUGGAAUCCAAGAAAGGGUUUAAAUUGUGUUAGAAGUUAAGAUGGCUUAAAAACCUUUAUUGUGCAGAGCUGAUAUUACAUUGCUGGAAAGUGAGAGGAAGAAGUGCAGAAUGUCUUAUUUUGUAAAUGUUGCUUGCACUUUUGAGGUUUGUUUGCAAUGCGAGUCAUUUUUAAAAGGCUUCUUAUGUUGUCGAAGCUGAAGACAUCAGCAUGAGCAUUUGGGAGUUUUAAUGUCUGCUGUAAAUUAGUUUACUAAUCUAUAAAAUAACCAGCCUGCAAACAUGAUUAUUCAUUGUGUAGUCUCUCCAAUCUUUUAUUGCAGGGGAGAGAAUUGGAGGUUAAUUCCCUUAAUAGGCUUAAAAAUUGAGAAUAUGCUUUUAUGCUUUCUGUUUCUGGACAACUUUCUCACAGUGUUUCCUUACUGCCAAACUGUGAUUGCCACAUCAAACAGGGACCAUCACAGCUUUGGACCAAUGUUCACAGCAAACACAGUAUAAUACCAAGUAAUAACUCAAUUGUACUGGGUAAUUGGUUCAUUAAGCUACAGUGGUGUGUUUGUAUAAAGGUAUUUCUUUCAUCCAUCCAUGACUCUUGUUUCAAAUUGAUGUUUACAAUUGUACUGGUGUUAAAUGUAUGUGGCCUUUGGCAUGCAACCACAAGGUUGAGUGGUCCAAUGUAAGGUAGGACAGGGAAAUGGCUUUUCAUUUUUUGAAAAUACGAUGGAUUUUAGCAAACAGACAGCAGUGGUUUUAAUGCUGAGUUUGAACAUGCAUUGUACUGUGGUAAAGUGAACAACUUGCUGCUUGGAACAAAUUAUACACACAUGCUUUGCACUUCAAAAAUAACUUUUGACUCCCUGAAAUAUGACCUGAUCUCAUCCCUGUCUCUUUUUGUCAUGAAAUUCUUGUUCUUUGCCAAAAUGUCAAGUGAAUUAGUGACACUCCUCUUUCCAUGUCAGAGUGCUCCUUUCUUCGUAUCAUGCCCACAUAAAAGGCACUACAGCUUUUCAUCUGCCACACCUCCCUGAUUCUGCUGCACCCGUGUGCCAUAUGAUCCAGGCCUGUGCCUCCUUUUCUGGUGUUUGCUCAUGAUGCUUCUGGUCACAUCAAAGUAUUUGCCUCUCAUUGUGGCUAUAAAGAUUGUAACCCUCCCUGCCUUGUUAUAACUGUACAGCACUACUAACAAAAUGUAUCACAGCUUAUUUCCUA